CUCUGAUCAUAUUGGCUCCACGGCCAGCCAGGUGGCCAAUCACGUGACAGCAAGGUUCGCUGAGGAGGGAGACCAACAGUGAGACCCUUUUACCACAUCCGCUUCACCCGUUCCACUCCAUCAUCACUGCCAUGUCCUUACCUAGUGGCAGCCCAGAACGAGAAGGCCCAGUUGGGGCUCUUCCUCAGCUAGAGUGCCCUUCUUCCCCUCCCGGCAUGGACCCAGACCCUUUAUCCACAGGCAGCCCUGUGCUCAGCCCAGACUCCUCUUCCCACGAUGCAGCACUGUCAGCGCCAGCAGCCUCUCCGGCGGACUCGGAGAACCUGAGUCCUGAUGAACUGGAGCUGCUGGCCAAACUGGAGGAACAGAACAGGUUACUGGAGGCCGAUUCCAAGUCCAUGCGGUCGAUGAGCGGCUCCAGGCGCAACAGUGGCUCCUCCCUGGUUUCCAGCUCCUCAGCCUCCUCCAACCUGUCGCACCUGGAGGAGGAUACCUGGAUCCUGUGGGGUCGCAUUGUCAACGAGUGGGAGGAGUGGAGACGCAAGAAGGACAAACUACUGAAGGAGUUAAUCAGGAAGGGCAUCCCUCAUCAUUUCCGGGCCAUUGUCUGGCAGCUGCUAGGCAACGCCACUGACAUGCCGGUGAAGAACCAGUACUCUGAACUGCUAAAGAUGUCCUCCCCCUGCGAGAAGCUCAUCCGUAGGGACAUUGCCCGCACCUACCCCGAGCAUGAGUUCUUCAAAGGCCAGGACAGCCUGGGGCAGGAAGUCCUCUUCAAUGUCAUGAAGGCAUAUUCUCUGGUGGAUCGAGAGGUGGGCUACUGCCAAGGCAGUGCAUUCAUCGUAGGCUUGCUCCUAAUGCAGAUGCCUGAGGAGGAGGCCUUUUGUGUCUUUGUGCGUCUGAUGCAAGAGUACCGUCUGAGGGAACUGUUCAAGCCCACUAUGGCGGAGCUCGGCCUCUGCAUCUACCAGUUUGAAUAUCUGCUGCAGGAGCAACUUCCAGAGCUGAACGUCCAUUUCCGGUCCCAGAGUUUCCACACAUCUAUGUACGCAUCGUCCUGGUUCCUCACCCUUUUCCUCACCUUCCUCCCUCUGCCUGUCGCCACUCGCAUCUUUGAUAUUUUCAUGUAUGAGGGUCUAGAGAUUAUCUUCCGCGUGGGCCUGGCCAUCCUGCAGUACAACCAGACUGACCUCAUUCAGCUGGACAUGGAGGGCAUGUCACAGCAUUUCCAGAAGGUGAUCCCCCACCAGUUUGACAGCUGCACCGACAAACUGAUCCUCAGGGCCUACCAGGUCAAAUAUAACCCCAAGAGGAUGAAGAAACUUGAGAAAGAAUACACCACAAUCAAGAACAAAGAGAUGGAGGAGCAGAUUGAGAUCAAGAGAUUACGCACAGAAAACCGGCUGCUUAAGCAGAGGAUUGAGACGCUGGAGAAGGAGAGCGCUGCUCUGGCAGACAGACUGAUUCAGGGUCAGGUGACGAGGGCACAGGAAGCAGAGGAGAACUACGUGAUCAAGCGUGAGCUGGCAGUGGUGAGGCAGCAGUGCAACACGGCCAACGAAAGCCUGGAGAAAGCGCAGGACACCAUCAGAGAGCUUCAGCAACAAAAGUACACAGAGCAGUUCGUGAGCAGCUUGCAGACCCAGCUGGAGCAGUCCAGACUACGAGAGGCCGAACUGCUUGGAGCGAUGAAGGAGAUGCAAGACAAGGUGCUUAACCUGGAGAAGAGGAGCAGUUGCCUGCCUGAUGAGAACAACGUGGCAGCUCUGCAGGAGGAGGUGAAGCAGCUGAAGCUGAGGGAGCUGGAGACGCUGCGCUCCUUCAAAGAGAUGCAGGACAACGUCACUGAGCUGAACCAGCGCUGGCAGCAUCACAUGUCCCGUGGCAGCAGCACAGGUGGCGGUGGUGGCCACUGGAAGGAAUCCCCAAAGAAGAACGCCAUGAACGAACUGCAGGACAAACUGAUGACGGUCAGACUGAGGGAGGCACAGGCCCAGGCUGAGCUCCGAGAGGUCAAACUAAAAUCCCUACAGCAGGAGAGCCAGAACCAAAUCCACAGCAAGCUGAUUGGUCGCAAUGAGCAGGAACGCUCCGCACUGCAGGACCGGCUCCAGAUGCUAACCAAUCAGAACAAAGCUCUUCAGGCCCAACUCAACGAGAUGAAAAGGAAGCAGGCCGAGUUCGACUGCAAGAGUAAAGAGGAGGUGAUGGCUGUGCGACUGAGGGAAGCAGACAGUAUGGCUGCCAUGGCUGAACUCCGGCAGAAAAUCUCUGAACUUGAGAUACAGAAGGAGGAAGGGCUGAUCCAGGGCCAGCUGAACCACUCCGACUCCAGACAGUACAUCACCCAGCUCCGGGACCAGAUUGCUGAGCUCAAGAACGAGAUCAGACAACUGCGAGGGCAAAGGUUGGCUCCCAGCUCUGGCAUCAGUAGCGGAGGCCUAGGCACCAACUACCAGGAUCUCUGCCUGGCCAGCCCCGCCUCUGCCGAGGGGGACUACCUGAGCUCAGACGACGACCUCCUCCCCAGCCCGCUGCCUCCCAACGCUCUCUACCCCAACAUGUCCGGUCCGUGUCACCCAUCGGACCGCCUCGACAGCGAGGGCAGCACGGACAGCGAGGCGGAGGAGCGCAUGCGGACACACCCGGACCCACAGCAGCUGUACGGCAGCAUGGUGUGCGCAGAAGGGCUGGAUAAUUGAACAUCUGGAAGGGGUGCGAAGAUUCCUAUGGGAUAUCUUUGAUAUAAAGAGACGCUGGGGCUCUACAGGACAGGACUGCCUCUGUACACCAGAACUGUUCUAUCCAAUCCAGUCCUCCUCCGCAGCUUUUCCAGUGUUUAUCUUUUACUUUAUGCAGACAUAAUGGCAUUGAUCAGACCUCGGAUGGUGGUCACUACCUGUAGUCUCCAUUCCUGUAACUGCCUCCUCCCCCCUGUUCCCCCCACUGGAACGUACCCUGUCCAACGAGGUCGUAUAGCCUCUCUCCUUGUUCCUAUGUGUAACUGUUUUCUUGCCAUAUCCAUCCAAACACAAAUGUACACAAAAAAAACUCUGGACUAACAAGACUGAUGCUGCUCGCUGCUUGAGAUCAACACCGGGACCCGAUCCUGUGACCAUGACGAGGAAUGAAUCACGGGUAGACAGAUAGAACUUGUCUCUUUCCCUGUAAACUGAAGAAUAGAAACUGUAUCCUCUGUCUACCCUUAUAUAACGAUCUCUGUCCUGAAUGGUUCAGUAUUACAUCCAUCUUAAUUGUUUCCCCAUAUUGUGGCUUUCUUUAGAAAGACACACAUCCAUCUUCACUGCCUUCAUAAAAAAAAAACAAUCUGCCAUCAAUUCACAAAAGAAAGAUGGCGACGAGAAGUGAAGGUACAGUGUAUGAACAGAUCAAACUGUGGGGUUAUCACAAGGUGGCAUUUACAACAUAUGUGUCUGUGGUAGCAAGAAGGCAAGCGAGUUCAUACGAAAGUUCAUAUAUUCAUCAUAAACCACAAAAAAGGAAGGAAGAUACCCAAUGUUGCCAAAUCUUUUGUUUUUGAAUUAUUUAUAUGUUGUAAUUUAUUUUAAUAUUUUUUUAUUUUUUAUAUAUCUAAAUGAAUCUAGGAGCGUAGAGAUGACCUACAGAGGCCAAACUUUCUACAGCAUCCUUUGUGCCAACUACUACAGUUCUACUGUGACACCGAGUGUUUCUGAGAUGGGAAAAGUGCUGCUAUGAUUUUACAUUUAGCUUCUUCCAUUUUCUUUUUAUCACUUCAUCUUAAUCUGUGUGAACAGUCUAAUGUGUUAUCUCCCCGUAGCUUCAGUAUUUAUCCAUCAAAACCAAUAACUCUCGUUGCAUCUGUGUGAGCUAGAGUGGAACAUUUUGGGAAAUAAGUUAAUUCACUGUCUGAAAGAUAAAAGGGCUGCAGGCUGAGACGGUUAUUUCUAUAACUUACACUCAGUAAGUUGUAAGUAAGUUAGUAGUGCAGCAAAUCACCACCACUACCACACUCUUCAUUACACCCCAAUUUGUGUGUAAACCUAAAUUUGCCCACAUCAUUCCAGACAAAGUGAAGCAGCUUUUGAUUUUGAUUUUUUUAAUCUACUAAUCACUAAAUAACUAUUGAGCAUUAGUUAGCUGCCCCCCCCCCCCCCCCCCCACACCCCCUUUUCCGAGAAUUUCAGGAAUAAAGUCAGAAUAUUAUUUAAAAAGAAAGUUUUCUUAUUACGAGAAAAAAUUUCAUAAUUUAAUAAGGAUGAAGGUGUAUUUUUUAACAAGAUGCUCUACAUUCCUCAUUUUCACACAGACGACAGAUUGAUCUCUUACAAUGGGACAAAGCCUAAAAUUAUGACUUUUUUCUCAUAAUAUUACAACUUUAUUCUAUUAAUAUUGCGAUUUUAUUCUCUUAAAAAUAUGACCUUAUUCUUGAAAUCUCCCCUUUAGGUGGCUCUAAUACUCGUUGUUAUAGACGGACUUGAGUGUUAAGAAUAAUAGUAUUUCCCAAAAUUUCAGACUAUACUGUCCCACAGAAAACAAAAAGAAUAAUCCAGGUAUCUGUGCUGAUGUGGAAUCACCAGCUCAUGCGCUCAUAUCACUUUGGGACAACUAACUGAAACCUGCAGCAUGUGGACCAAUGAAAGCGGAGAGAGUCGAUCAUAUUGUAACGGUGCCAAACAAAAAGGCUGACAUCAUGACUGGAGAGUGUGUGGGUGGAAAAUAUUUUACAUAUCAAACAAUAAUAUAUUCUGUGUAGGGGGGAAAAGGAUGUAAAAUGUAUGGAGAAAUAUGAGAUAUGCAGUGUGACAGGAAGAAAAGUAUAUAGAUGAUAUUUAAAGCUGUAUCACUGUCAGUCAAGUCAGAUUGUGAGGAGAAGGGUCUGACAGGAAGUUGUAUGAAGAACAACGAUCUCUGCUCUUGGCACAGCGGAGAGAGAAACUCUGCUCUGGACAUUCAGCAGUGAGAUGUGGUGCGGACUCGUGGUGGGAUCAUUUCUUUACUUCACGGACGGACCUGAACGUUUGCUUCACUCCGAGAUGAACCAUCCUGACUUCGUACUGUGUUUUCAUCGGACCAACGAUUUCCCCUAGAUUCUCUUCAGGUCCACUUCAUGCUUCACUAUGCAGCAGGAAAGAACGAACAGUGGAGCAGAGGAUUAAUGCAAUCCUCUUAGAAACAAGGAAAUAGGAUCUUCCAGUAAUGGACACUAAAAAAGUAAAGAGGAUGUUCGUUUGCCCACCAUUAUGUUGCAAAUAACAGCCUUUUAGUGGUCAUUGGUGGGUGUAGCAGCUGAAAUCUCUACACUGGAAUCAGUGUUUGGGUAUCAUCAGACCAUAUCAUUAUAUGUGUUGUAUUCAUCAUUUCACUUCAGUUCCUCAGAGUGGUUGGUAUGUACAGAACAAGAUUUAGACCGUUAAAUCGUUUACGUUGGCUGAAAAAGUUGUAAUCCUGCACAUUUUUACCCAUUUGUGAUUAUAUCUUCUCCCCAGCAACAUCUAUCCUGUGUGGGUACAUUUUGUCUACUACUCGUACUAGCAAGAUUCAAAAGAUUAACGGAAAAUAUACUGGGUCUGAUGCGGGGUACACAAGUCAGGCAUGUUCUUCACUUCAUUUUCUUGCAAAACAUUAGGUGGGUUUGCAUCCACGUGUUUGAACAUGAGCAAGUUAAAAAUCAAAACAGCUUCAGUGAAAAGGUAUUUCAAAUUCAUUUUUGACUGAGUUGGAAAUGUUUGCGUGUAGAUUAACACAAAGUGUGACCAAGUGUGAUGGAAACAGUGAAUAAAUCAUGAUAUACGUA